AUGGCUAACAAGAUGUUGCAAAAAUUUGAUAAAUAUUGGAGUGUCACCCAUGACAUAAUGGGAAUUGCUAGUGUUUUGGAUCCUAGAUACAAAAUGGAGUUACUUGAAUACUAUUAUGAAAAAUUGUAUGAACAAGACUCUUUUGAGCAAUUUAAGAGGAUUCAACAACUAUGUUAUGACUUAAUUAUUGAUUAUCAAUUGAAGUUGAACCAAGAGAAUUAUGGUGACUCACCAAUGUUGGAAUCUAGUCAGAUGGCUAAUGAUGGUUUAGAUGAUUAUGAUGCAUAUGUUCGGAAGAAAAAAAAGCUAGAACUUCAUAUGUUAAAACAAAAUUGGAUCAUUAUUUGGAAGAGGAAGUUUUACCGCGAAGUCCUGAUUUUGAUAUUCUAUUGUGGUGGAAGUUAA